GGUUCACCAUCAAUCCCCAUUUCAUCCAAAGUUGAUUGGUGGGAUGAUCAAUCCAAAACUUUGAAAAAAAAGCAGCUGCAGGUCGGCCUUUCCGGCGCGCAAGUCUUCCAAACUUCCGUCGCCAUCGUUCUCUCUCUCACCAUACGAUUCAAAGUUCCACCUUUGAGCAUUCAAUGGUUUCAAUCUCCUGAUACAUCAUCCGCAUUAGUCGAUGCCGGGAGAGAAAGUGCACGAACCACCAUCCCGGAUUCAAUCACUUCACUGUUGCAGAGUAGACCCAAACCCGAGUUUUUCAUAUUUUUAGAAUUCAAAGCUCAAAUUUUCAAUUUAAUCUCCGCAUUAAAUCACCCUUUUUCCUGCUCUGCGUAAUUCACUCUCAGUCCACUGAUCUCGUCCGCUCUUUAGCGAUCGCCAUGGAAGAGGGGAACUGGAUUGAGCUUGUACAGAGAUAUAGACGAGACAGGCGCGUGCUCCUUAAUUUCUUACUCUCCGGCACCUUGAUUAAGAAGGUGGUUAUGCCUCCUGGCGCAGUUUCUUUGGAAGAUGUGGAUCUUGAUCAGGUCAGCGUCGACUAUGUUCUUAAUUGUGUCAAGAAAGGAGGAAUGCUUGAACUUGCCGAAGCUAUUAGAGAUUAUCACGAUAGUACAUUGUUCCCCAAUGUGAACAAUGUAGGAGCCGCCAGUGAAUUCUUUUUGGCUACAAAUCCUGAAUCAUCUGGUUCGCCCCCGAGGAGGGCGCCUCCACCUGCCCCUGCUGUGACACCCCUGCCAAUUCUUCCAAGUCUUUCAAAUGAAGAGCCCCUUGAUUCGGAGCCUGUUGAAGAGCAAUUUGCCCUAUCUAAAACCCAGUCUCUUAAGUCCAGUCAAGCUCGAGAGUUAACUGUUGAUGACAUUGAGGAUUUUGAUGACGUUGAUGAUCUAGCCGAAAUUGAUAGCCGUAGAUAUUCUAGAAGAGUUCUAAACGAUGCCACUGAUCUUAUGCCUGGACUGCCUUCAUUUGCCACUGGUAUUAGUGAUCACGACCUUCAAGAAACUGCGUAUGAAGUCCUCCUGGCUGCUGCUGGAGCUUCAGGAGGCCUCAUUGUACCUUCAAGAGAGAAGAAAAAGGACAGAAAAAUAAAGUUGAUGCACAAGCUUGGGCGCAAUAAGAGCGAUUAUGGUGUGACUCGGCCUCAGCAUUCUAAUGGAUUGGUUUCUCUUUUGGAGACCAUGCGUACCCAAAUGGAGAUUUCAGAGGCAAUGGAUAUUAGAACAAGAGAAGGGCUUCUUAAUGCCAUGGUGGGUAAAGUGGGGAAAAGAAUGGAUACGCUGCUGGUUCCUUUGGAGCUGUUAUGUUGCAUUUCACGCACAGAGUUUUCUGACAAGAAGGCAUAUAUAAAGUGGCAGAAGAGGCAGUUAAACAUGUUGGAGGAGGGACUUGUCAAUCACCCCGCUGUAGGAUUUGGGGAAUCUGGCCGCAAAGCCAAUGAGUUAAGAGUUCUACUGGCCAAGAUAGAGGAAUCUGAGUCUCUUCCAACUCCCGCUGGUGAUCUUCAACGAUCUGAAUGUUUAAGAUCUCUAAGGGAAGUUGCUAUUCCACUGGCAGAGCGGCCAGCACGAGGCGAUUUAACGGGUGAAGUUUGUCAUUGGGCUGAUGGUUAUCACCUGAAUGUUAAACUAUAUGAGAAACUACUUCUCAGUGUCUUUGAUGUUUUAGACGAGGGAAAGCUUACUGAGGAGGUUGAAGAAAUUUUGGAACUUUUUAAAUCAACCUGGCGUGUUUUGGGCAUAACAGAGACAAUUCAUUAUACUUGUUAUGCUUGGGUGCUAUGCCGUCAGUUUGUCAUUACCAGCGAACGAGGAAUUUUGCUGCAUGCCAUUGAACAAUUAAAGAAAAUACCAUUGAAGGAACAACGAGGACCACAGGAAAGAUUACACUUGAAAAGCUUGCAAUGCAGAAUUGAAAGUGAUAAUGGAUAUCAGGAACUCACUUUCAUACAGUCUUUCUUAGUACCUAUCAAAAAAUGGGCUGAUAGGCAGCUGGAAGACUACCAUCUUCACUAUGCUGAGGGUUCAGCAAUGAUGGAAACCACUUUGGUGGUGGCAAUGCUUGCACGAAGGCUUCUUUUAGAAGAGCCUGAAUUGGCAAUGCAGGAUAUACUUAACACUGAUUCGGAGCAGAUAGAGUUUUACAUAUCAUCUUCAACAAAAUAUGCAUUCGCAAGGGUGCUGCAAGAUGUGGAGACAAUGUCAGAUGCAACUGAUGAGCAUCCCCUGGCAUUACUUGCAGAACAGACAAAGAAACUUUUACUGAAAGAUAAGACAUUUUACAUGCCUAUCCUAAAACAGAGGCAUCAUAAUGCAGCUGCUGUUUCAGCAUCUCUACUUCACAAACUAUACGGCAUUAAGCUGAAACCAUUCCUAGAUAGUGCUGAGCAUCUUAAUGAAGAUGUUGUAGCUGUAUUUCCUGCUGCUGACAGUCUUGAGCAGUACAUCAUGGAAAUCAUCGUUCAGACUUGUGAAGAAAGGGCUGCAGAUGUAUUCUGCAGAAAACUGAAUUUGUACAAGAUUGAGACUAUAUCGAGUACAUUGGUGCUAAGAUGGGUGAAUUCACAGCUUGGAAGGAUCUUAGGUUGGGUUGAGCGGGCUGCUCUACAGGAGAAGUGGGGGCCAGUGUCAUCACAACAAAGAUAUGGAAGCUCGAUAAUUGAAGUCUACAGGAUAGUUGAAGAGACAGUUGACCAGUUGUUUGCUCUUGGAGUGCCAAUGAGAUCAGAGGAACUGAUUAGCCUCUUCCGAGGAAUUGACAAUGCAUUUCAAUUGUAUGCAAAACAUGUUGUUGAACAGCUGGCUAAUAAAGAAGAUAUUACUCCACCGGUUCCUAUUCUUACAAGAUACUCAAGGGAGCAUGGAAUUAAGGCAUUUGUAAAGAAGGAAUUAAGGGAUACAAAGUUGCCAGACAGCAGAAAGUCCAGUGAUAUUAACGUUCUUUCAACAUCAACACUCUGCAUUCAAUUGAAUACACUUCAUUAUGCAAUCAGCCAGCUGACUAAGUUAGAAGAUAGCAUUUGGGAGAGAUGGUCAAGGAGAAAACAACAUGAUAAGAUUACAAAGAAGUCUACAGAUGUGGGCAUAAAGAAUUCUGUCCAGAAGAAUACAUUUGAUGGCAGUAGAAAAGAUAUCAAUGCAGCUAUUGAUCAGAUCUGCGAGUUUACGGGAACCAAAAUUAUUUUUUGGGAUUUAAGAGAACCAUUCAUUGAUAAUCUAUACAAGCCCACAGUAACUCAGUCUAGAUUUGAAGCGUUGAUGGAUCCUCUUGACACGGUUCUCAAUGAACUGUGUGAUGUUAUAAUGGAGCCAAUGAGAGAUCGGGUUGUAACUGGCCUCCUUCAAGCUUCACUGGAUGGCUUACUGAGAGUCAUAUUAGAUGGGGGCCCAUCACGCAUAUUCCAUCCCAGUGAUGCUAAGCUAUUGGAAGAGGAUUUAGAGGUCUUGAAGGAGUUUUUCAUCUCCGGGGGAGAUGGCCUUCCUCGAGGAGUUGUUGAAAACCAAGUGGCACAUGUUCGGCAAGUGAUAAAAUUACACGCUUAUGAGACUAGGGAGCUGAUUGAGGACUUGAAAUCUGCAAGUGAGGUAGAAAUGCAUGGGGGCAGGGGCAAACUGGGGGCAGAUACAAAGACCUUACUUAGGGUAUUGUGUCAUAGGGGUGAUUCUGAGGCUUCUCAAUUUGUGAAGAAACAAUUUAAAAUCCCUAAAUCUACAUCUUAGUGUUAGUGUGUCACUACAUUUGUUUGCUGUAAAAAAAUGCCAUUGUACAUUUAUUUUUGUUGGUUUGUUGGGUGAAAUAUAUCAAGUUUUCUAAUGCUAUUUCUUGAACCGUAGUGUGUGUG